UUGUAUAUUUGCCAUCUUGUUUGUAGGAAAGAGCUGACCAAAUUCAUUGUAAAUUACAGAGGACGGUUGAUUUUGUGAAAGAAGUUAUGCAGCCAUUGUUGUCUUCGGUCUAUGUCAUUCCACCACUGCUUGAAAAAAUACCAAUAGGUUUUGCUGAGAAAGUGAAUAGAGCUGUAAAAAAGGCUAGACCAGCUCACCGUAAAGGUAAAGACAUAGAUUUUGCUGCUCGAGCUGCAUUAGUGUUACCAGACUUCUGUUAUGUUUUCCAACCAAACUGUAUUUCUUCCAUGCAAUCCAACGUGCCAUACCCUGCUACUAUUAGUAUUGAAAUUAAGCCUAAAUCAGGAUUUAUUCCAAUAUCAAAUCAUAUAAAAAAUCCCAUAAAAUUCAAAGUUUGUAAAUUUUGUAUGAGAUCUCAUUUAAAGAGCAAGAAUGGACUAUGGUUGGAGCAGAGCAGAUAUUGUCCUGUUGAUUUAUUCUCUGGGUAAGUUUUGUUUUUUGAUUUUGUGUGUG